AUGGUGACAAUUCAAGAGCGAAUUGCGGCCUUGAACCAGGCGCAUAUUGAACGAGCACCCGGUGCUUUUUCUUCUCGGGAAAUCAAACCAGAUCUGCCUGGCCCUAGACCUCCCAUUUCCGAGAGAGACAUUCCCAAUGCCAACCAUGAUUCCCGCUCCUCCUACACCUCAGUUAAAGAUCAUAUUAUACUUCCCCCACCGACGAUCACUAGGGCGGGCCAGAAGGUCCCUACUCCCCCACAAAGGCCAAAGAAGUCACCGCCUCCUCUGCCUGCGAGAAAAGCUACGGCUACGGCCCAGUUACCUCCGCUGCCUCAGCGCAAGUCAUCCGAUAUCUCUCACCGGAGAAACUCUGGCGAUUCUUCAAUCUCCACCCCCUCCAUAUCCGCAAACUCAACAACUUCAACUGGAAAUGGCAGAUCACCUCCUCCCAGGUCAAUCUCGUCUGAAAAAACAGCGACCUGCAGGCUGGCACCAGAAUGGGGAGAAAUUUCCCUUCCUCCAUUGCCUCCAAAGAGAAAUGGGAAUAUAAAUGGAAACCAGACGCUGAGAUCUCAAUCGUCUGUGGGGGGCCUUGAUUCGGAUUGCCAGCCGUCGUCCACCUCUGUCUUAUCCGUUGCACAGAAGUUACCCAUUCGGUCAACUUCAUCUUAUGCCAAUGGCCUACCUCCUCUUCCAUCGCGGAAAUCUGCGAAUGAUGAUUUUGCCAAGCCCCCUCAGUUACCCCAGCGAAAAAUCCCCCAACCUGUCCCUCCAUCUAGCGCCCUUGAGAAGAUAAAGGCGUCGUCCUUUGCUACUAUAAAAAAACACUCAACAAGUCACGAACCGGUAACCGAUGGCUGCGAAUAUGUCCAACAGGCCAAUUGCUCAGCCCCUCCUGUACCAAUCAGGUCUCGUCCUGAUUUGUCGAAGAUACAAGCAACAAAACCACGCAUUCCUCUCUCCCCAGCUCCUGCUACCGGCUCGUCAGAUCUCUGUAUGAUAUGCCGUGAUUUUUCUGGCCCGGAUAAUCACGCAGCAAAAUUCCCCAGGCAAUCACUUCCUACGAAUGAUCUUGCCAGGCUCGCCAAUCAACUCACCGCUCCUUUCCCAUCUCUCACGGAUAAAGCCCGUGCGAUAUUUACCUGGCUCCAUCAUAACAUCGAUUAUAAUGUUGACGCAUUUUUUAAUAAUAACUUGACACCCUCAACACCAGACAGCACCUUUGCCACCGGCCUGGCAGUUUGUGAGGGAUAUGCUGAGCUCUUCGAACGGUUGGCGACGUUUGCUGGAUUAGAGGCCCGAAUAAUUUCAGGCCAUGGCAAAGGCUACGGCUAUACUCCACUUCCACCAGGCUCCCCAAUACCUCCAUACAACGGUAACCAUGCCUGGAACGUGGUGCGCAUUGACAACGGACGCUGGAAGCUCAUCGAUGCCUGCUGGGGUUCCGGAAAUGUUAGGGGUAAAGGUCAACCGUACAACAAAGAAUUCACCCCGGAGUAUUUCACCAUGACCAACGAUGAGUUCGGCAACAAGCACUUCCCAUCCAAUCCGAGCGAUUUUUACCGUGAUGACGGCCGUCCAUGUAUAUCCUGGGAAGAAUAUAUGAGCAUUAACCCUUCCAUGCCAAAUGGUGUUGAGCCUCCUAUCAUAUAUACUGGUGUAAAAGCGGAACUUGGAAUUGGAGAAAAAACACUCCUGCCGCGAUCGAAGAAAAUUUCCAUUCACCAACAAUCCCCGAUACGGUUUCAAUUCGGCCUCCUUUGCGAACACUGGACGCUGGCGCGAAGUAAUAUGCAGACUCCGUAUCUCUUCAUUCUAAUGGCUAAUGGUAUUGAUGGACGCAAUAAGGAAUAUCUUCCCUUCCAUUAUGUACGUGGAUCUGGUCCAGGUGCUGGCGGGGACAUUUGGUACCUCGAUGUCCCCAAUCCUCGUAUCUUGGGUGCCCCGGGACAGAAACUGCACAUCUACAGGGUGACGAGUUUUGGAGACAUGCGGGAUACUCAAGGUCUUACCAGAGAGGAGUUCCUCCGUGGCAUUGGAAGGGUGGCUAUGGGAUUUGGGGGCGUUGCGGAGUGGGAGCUUAUAUAA